AUAUCAUCUGUAGAGGGAACUGUUUGUCCUAUAUCUUUUGUGAAGGACGUUUUGUUCCCCUAUGCGCUCGAAGCACUCCCAAGCGUCCUUGAACAGCAAUGGAACGACCCCAACUUUGCUCAGUACCGCGAUGCGUUCCCUGAAGAGUACCGCGAUGAUCAGAAUGCCCUUGAGCAGCAUGUACGCGACCUUGUCAACAGGGACGUUAAAGUGCCAUACCUGAAAGCUCUCCAAGGGUACCUGUGGAAGACAGGAUAUGCCUCUGGUCAGAUCAAGGCACCUCUCUUCCCCGACGUCGCUCCUUUCAUGACCGAGAGCCAGGCCAAAGGGAAGAAAAUCAUGAUCUAUUCCUCUGGAUCUGUACCAGCGCAGAAGCUGCUUUUUGCGCACACGGAUGCUGAGCCUUCAGACUUGACGCCCCUCAUUUCUGACUGGUUCGACACCGUCAACGCAGGACCGAAAACCAGUGUCUCGAGCUACAAGACGAUCUUGUCGAAGCACCCGGAUAUCAGCCCUGCCAAUUGGCUCUUUCUCAGCGACAACUUGAAGGAGGUGGACGCCGCGUUGACUGCUGGCAUGCGAAGCCUGCCAGUGUCUCGCCCGGGCAACCCAGCUAUUCCUGAAAACCACCCUCUCUUCACUGUCGCCAUUUCGGAUUUCAGCACAUUGAGCCAAUGA